GCAUCUAUGUUAAAAUCAUCUUUAUCAAUACAGUUCACCAUAAUUAGCAUUUUUUAAUUAAAAUUUUAAUAAUGAAAUAAAAUAUUCUUCGGAAAUAAUAAUAGAAAAUGUUUUCAGUUCUCACAUAUGAACGUAUAAAACAGUUUACUUUUACACAAGAGACUAAACACAUUUCUGGGGGGGGGGGCUUAAUAGAAUUCUGGGGAGGCCCUUAGCCCCCACCAUUCUACUCCUAUAGUCUUAAUUCAACAUAAAAAAUUAACUUUUUACCUUUCAUUUUGGAAAACAAAAUGUAUUGUAAAACAUUUCUACUAAAUCCUAUUUAUGUUACAAAUGUAGGUAAUAGACGUAUACUUUGAAUAAUUGCAUGGUUUUAACUAUUUUUUUUUCUUUUCAGGCAUGCCAUUUUAAAUAAUGGUAAUUCUAUCAAAAAUGAAAACUGUGAGGUCUAAUAUGUAUCAAAAUUAUACCAAUAAAAUGUAUAUUUAAGUAUCAUAUAUAAUACAUAGAAUUUACAUAGAAUUUAUUUUGUACUAUUAAGAUGGGCGAUGGAAAAUUUAAUGGCACCAAUUUACGUAUGAAGAGAAAUACCCAUGAUGAAGAUAAGGCUUUCAAAGACGAACCACCUUUUAAAUCACAGCGUUUACAUCAACUGUUUAAUGAUGAUCAACAUUUUCAAAGUCCAACUGAUUCUCAGUUUGAAAAUACUGAAGUUACUGAACACAAUUAUGAAAGAAUUUCAGCUACAACUAUUUAUAAAAAACUACAAGUAUUGGAAAUUAGGGAUAAAAUUUUACGCGCAUCUACUACGCUGCCAAUCAAAGAAAUUAAUGUUGAUGAAAUUAAACCAAUGGAAGGUACCUGUCAAGAUAUGUGCCCAGAAAAAGAACGUCUACUGCGUAUACAUGGUAACAUGGUUUCACAGUUUGAAUGUAAAAUGAUUGAUUCAAAAUUGGAACCAGUUUUUGAAAUGAUGGUAAAACAAUAUGCUAGAAGUUCUGCUGACCAAGCCAAUCCAUUAUCUCAAGAAUUGAGACCGACACCUAUACUUGUUAAGACCAUGCAUUACAUGCUUAAAAAUAUUAUAUACCCAAUUGAAUCUAACAUUGAACAAGAUUUAGCUAGUUGGUAUGAUUUUUGUUGGGAUCGUUUGCGUGCAAUACGGAAAGAUAUUGUUCAACAAAAUUUACAGAACUCGGAAGUUGUGACAAUACUUGAACAAAUUGGCCGUUUUCAUAUUGCUUGUUAUGAUUUAAUGCUUGGAUAUACAGGCUUUGAUAUCAAGUUAAACACGGAAAACUUAAACAAUUGCAUUCAAAUGUUGAUGCCCAUGUAUAGAGAUUCAGAACAUCAAUGUCCAAAUGAACCAGAGUUUGUGUCGUAUGAGUUACUUAUGCAUUUAGGAAACCCACAAUUUCAUACUGCAUAUGAUUUAUUACCAAUUCAUAUAAAACAAUCACCUCAAGUAAGAUUCUGUAUUAAAGCUAACACAAUUUAUUUACAGUCAAGUGACUGUAAAGAGUUCUUCAAUUUACUGAGAAGUACGAGUUUUAUGAAUUGUUGUAUAUUACAAAGAGUUAUUCCAAGUAUUAGAUAUAAUAACAUUAGAAUGAUGAACAUGUCAUAUACAACUGUCAAGAGAGUUUACAAGCUUGAAAUGGAACAUUUUAUGGAAAAACUUUGUUUUGAUGAUAUACAACUGGCUAAAGAGUUCUUUUCUGAUAUUCAGUUACAAUAUAAAGAAAAGUAUGUAUAUCUUUCACAUAAUCUAUCCAUAUGUGCGCCUGAGCUUAGAAGACAAAAACAAGAAUUCAUAAUCUCUGAGAAAAGACAAAAUUUAACAUACUUAAUAUCUGGAAUAGAAAACUUGCCUGAUGUCAUAGUCACCCCAGUUCAUUCAAGCUUUGAUAUUAAUGAUCGUUUUAAUGAUGCUAAUAAUGAAGUAAACAAAGAUCUGAACAAUGAAAUAUCAGAUUCUCAGAUGGUAAUAGAUAAUUAUUCUUUAAUAAAUUCAAAAAAUGAUGAUUCAAACAGACAAUUAUUCUCAACCACUCCAAUAAAAACCACAGGUUUAGAAAUACCUACAUUCACUUUUAAUAUACCUAAGUUUUCUUUACCUACACAAAUUCAAAAACCAGUUACCAAAUUUGAAAUACCAUGGAACGCACCCACAAAAUCAUCUACUUUUCAAGAUAACUUUAGCUCGGACCAAUCAAAUAUUACAUCAAAUUCACUUGUAACGAGCAAUAUAACAAGCCUUCCAGUAUCAAUAGCUCAAGAAUUAUCUAUGAAACCUCCAUGCCUAAUUCCUAUGAAUAUAAGUCCUAUUCAGUUACAUCCUAAAAUUAAUUUUAAGGAAAAACUAGAUGUUAUGCAAUCAAUAGAACAUCAAACUAAUCUUACCAAAAAAUAUUUUUGCAAAUGGCAGGAUUAUGUUAAUUGUAAGAAAUCUAGGUAUAUCGAAGAGAUGUUUGCACAUGGUGAUCUAUUUCAUUCAGAGUGUAUUUCAUCAUUGUCGUCAUCUCCAUCAUCAAUAAAGUCUCUAAGUUAUGUUGAUGAAAUUACUGAAAUUCAAGAAGAACCAAAAGAAUGGUUAAAUAAACAGUACAUUUUGGCAGAAAAGUAUUUCUAUAUUUGGCUACGAAAAGUUUUACGUAGAAGAAGAAAGAUUGAAAUUGAUCCUGUAUGCAGUUUACCAUGGUCAGUAUUUAUGCAAGUACAUGGCACACCAAAAGAGACAAUACCAGUUACGAUUAAAGAUUUAAAGUCGAAGAGGCAAUUAAAAAUUCCAAUACAUCAUCCAUUAAAUAGUAAUAAUUCUGCAGAACAUGAUAUUAGUAUUCAAAUGGCUAAUAUAUUUGUUAAAAAUGUAAAAGAGAUGAAUAAAGAUGGAUCUGUUGGGAAAAAGAUAUUUUGGAAAUUGGCAGUUAAUUAUGGAGAUACACCAGAACCCUACUGUAUAGAAAAAAAAGUGCUAACUAUUAUUUAUGGUAAAUUAGGAUUUUGUAACAAUCAAAUACAAACCAUCCAUACUGAUUGUAAUGCAUAUUUCAUAAAAACAGUGCAUAGUUGUAUUGGGCAAUUCAACUGGACAAACAACGGUUUAAACGCAACUCUUAUUUUCACAAAUACAGAUAAAGAAGAUGUUGAGACGUUAUUUAAACGUGUGGAUUCAAUUUUGCAAUCAACUCCGACAGCAAUACCUUUAGUCAUGAUAUUUUCUUCGAGGUCAGAUAAAGAUUGUAUUAAAGAUUACGAAUAUGUUUUAGACGGGUACAAGGAAAACGAGUACAUUAACAAUUACUCUGUUUACAUGUGGGAAGGACCAAAAACCAUUCUAGAAUCCAUUGAAUUUUUUUCCAAAAAUUAUGUAGACUUUACGCCUGGUACGCGUACAGAAAAAUUAUAUUAUAAUUUGCUCAAUUUUUCUCAACAUUUCUUCGUAAAAGUACGUAGUAUAUUAUCUGAUGAUAAUCCAAAUACUAUUAUUCAAAAAUACAAUCAAUGCUUGGAUGCUUACAUUAAACGCUUGGGUAGAAGUAAUCAAGUAUUAACAUAUUUGGCACCCGAUUUGGUUCCAUAUUACACUCAAAAUCCAGAUGAGUUUUCAAAAGAAUAUUCAAACUUGAAUCUAAAAUAUUUUGAAGAUUUAUUGAAUAUUGCGCACCUAUUGCCAUAUGAAUCAUGGCCGCCUAAAAAUGUUGAUGAUUUAAUAGAUUAUGUGAAAAAUAUGUGCAGACUUUCAAACCGUAGAUCUUGGUGUUUAGACAUAUUGCAAAUGCUCCAAUUACAUAGAAAAGCUGAUUUGGAGUACUGUUUAUUGAAUGCUAGUUGGUAUGAACCAAUCGAAAUGUGGAUUGAAGGUUCAUUAGAAAAGUGUUCUACUGCACAGAAUGAUUUUACUGUAUUUUACAAUGGAGACCCGAUUAAGGAUGUUCUCAAUAUGAUAUUUCCAGACCGAUGAUAAUUGUAUUAAUUUAGCUUUCAUUAGUUAAAGAUGACCUAAAUGUUUUUAUAUACCUAAUUAACCUAUUGUUAAUUGAUAAUUUCUCAUAACUAAUAUGUUAUAUUAUGCUUCUAUAUAUACCUAUUAUUAACUAUCAAUAUUUACAUUAUUACAUGUAUUUUUGUGAAUAUAAUUCUUAGAGUAGUUAAUUUAAACUGUUUUAAUUGUGUUAAGCUGACUAUGUAUUUUUUUGCUAAAAUAUAAAUUUACAUUAAAUAUAUUCUUAUUUAAGUUGCAACAUUAAAAUGUUGUUUCUAUACAACUAGAAAUUUAAAUUAUGAUUAGUUCAUACCCUGAGUUUUAGGGGUAUGCUUAGUAUAUAAUAACCGGCAAAGUGCGAGUCAGAUUGCGCGUGAAGG